CAACGACCAAUUAUUCAAGAAUUACCCAAAAUUAAAAAGGAAAUUUAUCUUCCUGAAGCUAUUAGUGUUUCGAAUUUAGCUAAACUUAUUGGAGAACGAUUAGCACCAUUUGAACAAAAAUUACGUAAUCUUGGAAUUGAAUAUACAACUCACGAUCAUUUGUUAAAUGCUGAAGAAGCAUCAUUGAUCGCGAUGGAAUAUGACCUAAGUCCCGUGGUUAAUUCAGAAGCUGCCAUAGAUCUUUAUUCAAA